CAGGAAGUGGAAAGUACAUCUAAUGAAAUACUCUACUGAAGCGCGACUUUGAAGUACUUGUACUUUUCUUUCAGUAUUUUUUUUUUAUUUUUUUAAUGUUUACCUGACUAGAGUUACCAUGGUUACUUUACAGAUGAAACCCGUCAUUAUUUUUGUCUUGUUUGAUGUAUUGUUGUAAAUGAAAAUGCACAUAAAGUCGUUAAAAGUUGCUCCAUCAAUAAUAAUAAAUCAACAUGAAAUAUCAAAUAUCUAAUGAUAUGAAUCCAUAACUGUGACUAUUUUUAUCUUCAGCUUUUACCUGUAAUGGGAGUGUUUUUAAAUUAUGGUAUUGAUAACUAUAAUCAAACUCCCUCAUAAAGGCUGUGCAAUGCAGUUGAAAGCUCUGGAAAAAGCCCUUGAGGCGACCAUGAGUUCAUCUCUUCUGUUUGUGUUUUGACUCAUUAAGUCUGUUUUAAAUGUGCGUCCUGACAGGAAGUUACAGAGAAUCGGUGAUUCAGCUUUUUCAGACGUGCAGGGCUGCACGGCACAUUUCAGUUCCUGCGUUAACACCCCUCCCUGCACGGACCCAUGUGUCUUAACUAAACUAUGAAUCCGGCCUCAUGGUUUUUUUUGUAAUUUCUAAAUGAAUUCGCUCGGAUUGGAGCGUCUCCGUCCACAUGUGUUAUUGAUAAAGCUGCUGAGUCAAAUAUUAUCUCAGAUGUGAGGAAUGAGGAUCGGAGCUGUGAAAACUGAGACCAGACCAGGUUUUCCCUCCACUCCUGCUGCUCUGUCACUUGCUGUGGUCGCAGGAUUUUUUCCACCCUGACGUCAGAAUUUAAUUCGGGGGGGGGGUUUCUGUGCCAAUCUGACUAAUUCUGGAAACUUCUCUAUUGCAAAAAGAAAAAGAAAAAAACCUUGCAAUGUUACAACUAUGAGAUUAACUUUUUUUCUUUUGUAUUUUCUUCCCGGACAGAUUCUGUGUAUCAGGUUCUGCAGAGAAACCUUCGGUCUGUUCGUCGCUGUGAGCGUUUCCCUGCCGACGGAUCAGGGACAAAGAGGCGUUUGUGUCCUACCUGGCGUUUUGUCCGGUUUUGCAAAGCUGAUCCAGAGGAGGAAACAGGCCCAGCUCUCUCGGAGGAAGAAGCUCCAGCUGCUGUGGGAUGUCUGACCAAAGCCACCAGCGUUAGUCAGCAGGGGGAGGGGGCGACGGUCUGGAGGGAGGGGGGGUCACCGUGGCCGGGAUGCUGCCGUCGCGUCUCCUGUGGCGGGGGGACCUGUGAAGCAUGAAGGUGGACGUACUGACCUGCGUGGCCCUGGCUGCGGCCAGCCUCGUUGCCACGGUGACCGGCGGUCGCAGCUCUGGACGCAGGAAACACAAGGAGAUCUUCCUCGGGGAGAACAGCAAGUUCAAGUUCGGGGGUAGACGUAUUGACUACAAACUGAAAAAGCAGGACAGCACCAAAACGCUGCUAAUAAAGAGUGAACAGCUGCUGAGGAUCGAGGAGCACGACUUCGCCAUGAGACCCGGCUUCGGAGGUGCAGCCAUCCCUGUGGGCAUCGACGUGCAGGUGGAGAGCAUCGACAGCAUCUCCGAGGUCAACAUGGACUUCACCAUGACUCUCUACCUGCGCCACUACUGGAAAGACGAGCGCCUGGCGUUUCCGUCCCGCAACAACCAGAGCAGGACGUUCGACUCUCGCCUGGUGAAGAAGAUCUGGGUUCCCGACGUCUUCUUCGUCCACUCCAAACGCUCCUUCAUCCACGACACCACCAUGGAGAACAUCAUGCUGCGGGUUUACCCCGACGGAAACAUCCUCUACAGCGUCAGGGUCACUGUUACAGCUCUCUGCUCGAUGGACUUCAGCAGCUUCCCUCUGGACACACAGAACUGCUCACUGGAGCUGGAGAGCUAUGCGUACAAUGAGAACGACCUGAUGCUUUACUGGAAGAAUGGGAACGACUCUCUGAGGACGGAUGAAAUCGUCUUGUCACAGUUCUUCAUUGAGCAUUUCCAGGCCUCCAGUGGCCUGGCUUUCUACAGCAGCACCGGUUGGUACAAUCGACUGUUCAUCAACUUCAUCCUCCGGCGGCACAUCUUCUUCUUCAUGCUGCAGACGUACUUCCCCACCAUGCUGAUGGUGGUGCUGUCCUGGGUCUCCUUCUGGAUCGACAGGAGGGCUGUUCCUGCACGAGUCUCUCUGGGUAUAACCACGGUGCUCACCAUGUCCACCAUCAUCACAGGAGUGUCCUCCUCCAUGCCUCAGGUGUCAUAUGUGAAAGCAGUGGACAUCUACCUGUGGACCAGCUUCCUGUUUGUCUUCCUGUCUGUCAUCGAAUACGCGGCGGUGAACUACUGCACCACUCUGGAGGAGAUGAGGAAGAUGAAGAGGGGGAAGAUCCCGUCCACCUUCAACGCCAGCCAGGCGAUGGCCUUCGACGGCUGCUUCCACGAUAAUGACAUGGAGCUGACCCCGUUCUCCCGGGUGGCGCCCACCCCGACCUCUGACCCUCUCACUACCCCGACCCAAAACCCAGACAUUCGCCCCACGGAGGGGACUCGCCUCCGCCGGCAGCGAUCAGUGCGAGAAAACGUGGACCUGCUGGUGAGCAACAGCUACAUGAUCGACUCGUACUCCCGUCUGGCCUUCCCUCUGUCCUACCUGCUCUUCAACACCAUCUACUGGAGCCUGUACUCCUGAUCCAGCAUGAAGUGAACCGUGAACUCCACUUAACUGAGUCCAAGUGUUGAGUCAGAGAGCGGGUUGGAGGAUUCCUCCUCUCCUCGGGGCUCCACCAGGCUCUUCACAAUUAACUCUUGAUCACAGGAGUCCCUGUUCACAUAUUCAGCUCCUGCCUCAAAACUAAUCAUGUACUUUGCAGAAGAGACUGAGAUAAAAGCACUUGAGUCCCUCGGCCUAAGUAGGGACUCUCUAAUUGUUCAGUUUCACCCUGACGUUUGUCUCGUGGGAGUGGGUUGAAUCUUGAGAGUAGACUUGGAAAAUAAUGAAUCCUGAUUUUUUUUUUUCUUUUUUAAUAAUCUCUACAUGUGGCUCCUCUUUCUGUGCAUCACUGGUUAUUAGACUUAUGUUGAACUCCUUGGCUAGAGGGAAGUACUAAAUUAGGCUCAGAUUUAUGUGAAAAUGUUUCCUUUUGAUGAAUGAUGUGAUUGGAGCAAACCGACUACUUGUAAUACGUGUAUUUUAAUCUUUUUCUCAAUACAUUUUUAUUUUGUUCAUGAGGAUGUAAAAAUAACUUUAUGUGCUUGUUGAACACUUAAUGUUUUGAAAGUUAAAUAACACUAAAUUUGUAAAUAUUUUUGCUUUGAUGUGCAUCAAAUUUCCUUUUUUGAAAUUUCCAGAAGGUCAUUUUGUAUUGAAAGAUGUGCAAUUUCAUAAACCUGAUUUUAAGUUGUUUUUUUUGUUGUUGUUUUAUAGUAUUGACACUUUUCUGUCUGAAUUUAUGAACUAAUAAAUGAAUAAAGGAGAUAAAAUAAAAUCAAUAAAAAUCA